AUGAGGGCCAACUCGUCUUCCUCUUUCUUCUUCGCUCUACUUCUCGCAGCCAUCGCGCUUUGCCGCGCGCACAUCGCCGAGUUCGACGAGACCUGGCAGCAGCGGGAGGAGAAGGCCCGCGCCGCCGCCAUCGCCGCCUACAAGCCUGACCCCGAGUCCGUCAACGACGAACUGAACUCCCACGUCCACAAGUACGUCGUCUACGUCCUCCUCAUCCACGCUUUGCUCCCUUCCAUAUCUCGCGAUCUCCCCUGCUUUUCCAAUCUUCAGUCCGUUCAUAACCAGAGCCCCGUUCGACCUAAAAUAUUGGACCAUCUCUUCCUCGAUCCAUGUUGGUUAUUAGUAGUCUCGAUCAACUGUUGCUGUUUUCCUCGGUAGCUGGAACCGAACCUGAUGGCUGUCCUCGAGAGGUUCAAAGUAGUGAGAACGGUGGAUCUCUCUCACAAAGAGUAAGAAAACUCUUCCUUCAAAGAUGCCCGUCUCCGAGUUGCACCACCGGCUUCCCCUCCUUCUACUCGACCCAUUACUCUAGUCCUCCUCUCUAGCCUGCGAGUGAAAGAGAGAGCGAGAUAGAGAUCGAGAGAGACAGAGAUAGACAGAUAGACAGAGAGAGAGAGAGAGAGAGAGAGAGAGAGAGAUGGGAUGGUUGGAGAAUUCCGUUCAUUCCCAAGCGGCCGGAGAACGUCGCUGCCGUCCCCUGCCCAGUUCUCUACGCCGACUCGUCUUGCUCAUCCCAAUCGAAUGUUCCAUAGCCGGCGUUAUUACUCCGUCCACGCCCCUCGCCGAGUCUUUCAAGAGGAGAUGGUGGCGACCGCGUGAGCCGCCCUCGCCAUUAAUGCACAGCUUAAAACACCCCACACGAACCCACGUGACCAGCGGUUAAAAUUUCUGGAUUACAGGUCAAUACCCAGCCCCACACAUUAAUCACCAAAAAAACUGUAACUUUUAACUGGGUCUGCCGUGUUUCCUGGUAGAAUCACCAUUUCUCUCCUGAGAAUGGAACUGCAUGUUCUAAGCAAUAUCGACGGGGGGAUUCCGACAGGGCGCUGGAGGAAGUCAACGGCACGCGGCGGGAGCUGCUGGGGAAGCACAAGGGUGGGCCGUGCAUGGCGACCAACCCCAUCGACCGGUGCUGGCGGUGCCGGAAGAACUGGGCGCACCACCGGAAGCGGCUCGCCACCUGCGCGCUGGGCUUCGGACGGCGCACCGUCGGCGGGAGGAAGGGGAGAUUCUACGUGGUGAACAACCCUUCCGACGAGGAUCUGGUUAACCCCAAACCGGGGACUCUGCGGCACGCGGUGAUACAGGAGGAGCCACUGUGGGUGGUCUUCGAGCGGGACAUGGUGAUCCGCCUGAGGGAGGAGCUCAUCGUGAACAGCCACAAGACCAUCGACGGGAGGGGGGCUAACGUUCACAUCGCCUACGGCGCCGGCAUUACGCUGCAGUUUGUGGAGAAUGUGAUCAUCCACGGGAUCCACAUCCACGAUAUUAAGGCCGGUGGCGGGGGGGUUAUCAGGGACUCGCCGAGGCACUACGGGCUCAGGACGAGGAGCGAUGGAGACGGGAUCUCCAUCUUCGGCUCCACCAACGUGUGGAUCGACCACGUCUCCAUGUCCAGGUGCAACGACGGACUCAUCGACGCCAUCAACGCCUCCACCGCCAUCACCAUCUCCAACAACCACUUCACCCACCACAACGAGGUCGAGCCCCUUUCCUCUUUUUCUUCUUCUUCUUCUACUACUACUACUCCGUCGUCCUCUUCUACUACUACGUCUUCUUCUUCUUCGUCUUCUUCUUGUUCUUCUUCCCUCACACCGUCUUCUUCUUCUUCUUCUUCAUCUUAUUCCGUCUUCUUCUUCUUCUUAUUCUUCUUCUCUUACUCCGUCUUCUUCUUCUACUACUACUACUACGACUGCUACUGGUAGUAUUCUUAUUCUUCGUUGGCUGAGCCGAUUGGGCGACGAUGGAUGACGGCGCGCAGGUGAUGUUAUUUGGGGCGCACGACCUGAGCAAGGAGGAUUCCAUCAUGCAAAUCACGGUGGCAUUCAACCACUUCGGCCGGGAGCUCCGGCAGAGGAUGCCCCGCUGCCGGUGGGGGUUCUUCCACGUCGUCAACAACGACUACACCCACUGGCAGAUGUACGCCGUCGGCGGCAGCCAGCACCCCACCAUCAUCAGCGACGGCAACCGCUACAUCGCCCCCGCCAACUACAACGCCAAGGAGGUGCUCCCCACUACACUCCCCCUUCUCUUCUCUUCUCCCCUUCUCUCCCACAGCAGAUCGAAAGCUUGAAACGUGGAGAGUUGCAGGUGACUAAGAGGGAAUACGCGACGAAGCGGCAGUGGAAAUCGUGGACGUGGCGGUCCGAGGGGGACCUGAUGGUGAACGGGGCCUUCUUCGUGCAAUCAGGCCCCGCCAAGCUCGCCCUCCCCUUCUCCACCAAGAAGAAGAUGAUCAUCAAGCCCAAGCCCGGUUCCUUCGUCACCAGGCUCACCCGCUACUCCGGCGCCCUCACCUGCCGCCCCAUGGCGCCCUGCUGA